AUGGCAAGUUUCCUAGACGUGAAGAAUGUUGAGCCAACCCACUUUGAAGAACAACACUAUGACGAAUAUGAAUACUACAACCUUUCAGAAAAAUACACAAGUGGCGCUAGCCGCAAGGGGAGGUCAAAGAAGGAAGCCAGCGACAAUACCAACCGACCCAACCCCGGAGGCCACGAGCGCAAGCUCAUAGAGAAACUUCAGAACACUGAAAAGAAGGCCAAGGAUUGAGUAAAGGGAGGGCAAAUCGGACGGCUAACACUGGCAACCGACCAUGGCAACCGACCUUGGUGACAAAACAAGAUGGGCAGACAGACGGUGAACUCCAAUGUAGAGAGGGGUGAAUAUGAGGACGGGUCACAGGCUGCCAAUGAGUUUGACUCUAGUGUCAGUGAAGGGGGAUUUCAGUCCUCUCCUUCAUAGAGCUGAUGGUAUGGAGUGGGAGUGGCCCCCAUAUUGGUUGUUCACCCUCAGUCAUGGGUAGACCUCCACUGAAGGUGAUGUAGACCACCGUGCAAGCGGUCUUCUGGACGACCUUCCCAAACAAGUGGGAAGUAAUGGGAGUGGUUGCAGGCUGCAUCAUGUUUCAGUAUCAAUGUGGUUUUGUUUUUAAGUCUUAAUUGAUGAUAUUCUCACUUAAUGUUUUUUUACAGCAAAGAGGUUCUUAAAAUUGAUUUAUUUUACAAAGUGUAUUGAAAAUAAAUGCUUUCAUAAAAUGUAUUAAGUCUAGGUUUAAAGUGGUACUCCAGUCUCCUUUUCAACUAAUUUAACACCUGAAUUAUUUAUUAACAAAAGGUUCAUCUCAAUAGAUUGUACAGGUAAGUCAUGACAUGGCACGGGGGUGGGCUUUCCUCUAGUGACAUCACAACUUCCCAUCCAACCAACUCCUUGUAUGCCCUAUUCCUUGAA